AUGGCGGUGAGCGGUGGAGGAGACGAGAUGCUGAGGGAGUCGUUGCUGGCUGCCGGCAACGGCAACGGGAACGGGAGCUUCAGCAAGGGCGAGGAGGACCUGGAGGAGAUCCGGAGCGUGGGGUCGUUCCUGCGUCACGCGGCGGCGGAGAACCGGAAGCUCUGGUACCUGGCGGGCCCCGCCAUCUUCACGUCCAUCGCGCAGUACUCGCUCGGCGCCAUCACCCUCGUCUUCGCCGGCCACCUCACCACGCUCGAGCUCGACGCCUUCUCCACCGAGAACAACGUCAUCGCCGGCCUCGCCCUCGGCAUCACGCUGGGGAUGGGGAGCGCGCUGGAGACGCUGUGCGGGCAGGCGUACGGCGCGAAGCAGCUGCACAUGCUGGGCGUGUACCUGCAGCGGUCGUGGAUCAUCCUCAACGCCAUGGCCGUGCUCAUGCUCCCGCUCUACCUCUUCGCCACCCCGAUCCUGCGCCUCUUCCACCAGGACGCCGAGAUCGCCGACCUCGCGGGCCGCCUCGCGCUCUACAUGAUCCCGCAGCUCUUCGCCUACGCCUUCAACUUCCCCAUCCAGAAGUUCCUGCAGGCGCAGAGCAAGGUGAUGGCCAUGGCGGCCGUGUCGGCGGUCGCGCUGGUGUUCCACGUCGCGCUCAGCUGGGUCCUCGUCGGGCCCAUGCGGAUGGGGCUCGUCGGCCUCGCCGUCGCGCUCAACGCGUCCUGGUGGCUCGUCGUGCUGGGCCAGCUCGCCUACAUCCUCAUGGGCUACUGCCCCGGCGCCUGGAACGGAUUCGACUGGCUCGCCUUCUCCGACCUCUUCGGCUUCGCGCGCCUCUCCCUCGGCUCCGCCGUCAUGCUCUGCCUGGAGUUCUGGUUCUACAUGUUCCUGAUCGUCAUCGUCGGCAACCUAGAGAACGCUCAGGUGGCCGUUGCCGCAGUCUCCAUCUGCACGAACCUGUUCGGGUGGCAGAUCAUGGUGUUCUUCGGAUUCAACGCGGCCAUCAGCGUGCGGGUGUCGAACGAGUUGGGUGCCGGGCGUCCCCGCGCGGCCAAGUUGGCGAUCCUGGUGGUGCUCAUGUCGUCGGUGGCCAUCGGGCUGGCCUUCUUCAUCCUCAUCCUGGCCUUCCGCGACGUGUACGGCGCGCCGUUCACGGAGAGCCCCGAGGUGGUGCGCGCCGUGGCCAGCCUCGGCGUCGUCUUCGCCUUCUCGCUGCUGCUCAACAGCGUGCAGCCGGUGCUGUCGGGCGUCGCCGUCGGCGCCGGCUGGCAGUGGCUGGUGGCGUACGUCAACCUCGGCUGCUACUACCUCGUCGGCAUCCCCGUCGGGUACAUGAUCGCCUUCCCGCUGCGCGGCGGGGUGCAGGGGAUGUGGGGCGGCAUGCUCACGGGGGUCGGCCUGCAGACGCUCAUCCUGGUCGCCAUCACGCUGCGCACCAACUGGGACAAGGAGGCCAGCGAGGCGCACUCCAGGAUACAGAAAUGGGGUGGAUCGUCGUCAGCGGCGGCGGCCAAUGUUUCAGAUGAGUGA